CGCGUCUGGGUCAACUGUCUGUGGUUGUGACGUUUUGCAUUGUAAAGUGUUCGAUAAUUGUACGAAAAGAUGAGCAUUCUUGCGUACAAUGGUGGUGCUGUGAUAGCCAUGAAGGGUAAGAACUGCGUGGCCAUAGCAGCCGAUCGCAGAUUUGGUAUACAGGCACAGACGAUAACGUGUAACUUUCAAAAGAUCUACGAGAUGGGAUCUCACUUGUACGUUAGCUUACCCGGUCUUGCUACCGACACUCAGACAGUCAUGGAGAGGUUGCGUUUCCGCCUGAAUCUAUAUGAACUAAAGGAGAAUCGAAAAAUUCAUCCAAAAACGUUCACUGCUAUGAUAUCAAAUCUCCUAUAUGAGAGGAGAUUCGGGCCGUAUUUCGUGGAACCUAUAGUCGCCGGAUUGGAUCCGGUCACAUUUGAGCCAUUCAUCUGUAACAUGGAUCUGAUAGGCUCCAGAAAUAUGGCUGAGGACUUUGUGGUGGGUGGAACAUGUACGGAACAACUUUAUGGCAUGUGUGAGUCGCUUUAUGAGCCUAAUUUAGGACCUGAAGAGCUAUUUGAGACUGUCAGUCAAGCUUUAGUCAAUGCAUUCGACCGGGAUGCGAUAUCUGGAUGGGGUGCUGUUGUUUAUAUCAUAGAAAAGGAUAAGGUCACGAAAAGGACUGUAAAAACGCGAAUGGAUUAAAUGCAUUUGUCCUUUAUAUAUCAAUAUAUAUGACAAAGUUUCAUAAUUAAGUCUAAGAAAUAUAAA